UGUCACUUUGCUCGAGAUGAAGCGACCGCUGCAACAACCACGUUUUCCUCACAUUGUUUUGAUUUUUACACAGCGCAGAACCGCGCCGUGUUGUGUUAGAUAAAAAUGUCUCGUAUUAUCGUUAAAAACAUCCCAAACGGGUUCGAGGAGACAAAACUUCGGAACCACUUCAGCACGUGUGGCAUCAUCACGGACGUACAGUUGAAAUAUACACCGGAAGGGAAAUUUCGAAAUUUUGGCUACAUCGGCUUCCAGACCGAUGAACAGGCCGAGAAAGCGAUCAAACAUUUCGACAACAGCUUCAUCCGAACGUCCAAAAUAGCGGUAUCUGCGUGUGUGCCGCUUAGCGAAACGAAAAAACUGAAAGUAUGGAGCAAACAUGCCAAAAACCGAUCGGAACCGGUUCCACCGGAAAAGGAAGAGAGGCAAACGGAGGAGCCCAAGGAGAAGCCCAAGGAGAAGCCCAAACCACAGACGGCAAAGGAUGUGCUCGGCCAGUAUCAGAACGAUCCCCAGUUUCAGGAGUUUCUGGACGCACACAAACGGGCUGGGAAAACCAUAUGGGACAAUCAAUUGCAACAAAAGUCCAACGAUACAGAUGCUGCUCCUGCUGGUGGUGAGAAAAAACCAGCCAGCGAUGAUUCUGCCGUAGAUGUUGAGCCUUCAGAGAAAUCGAAACCGAGCAAAAAACCGGAAAAGAAGAAGGAGCAGAAACCGCUGAUUCCAUUGUUUGUGGCCAAGAUGCAGAACUUGCCGUCGCGAAUAAAGCGGCAAGCGAUAAUCCGCUUUUUCAAAACCGUAAAACCCCACUCGGUGCGUGUUCCACCGAAAAUCGAAGGUAUCGCUUUCGUUGGCUUUAAAAUGGAGUCCGAGCUGCAGAAGGCGCUCCUGAUGGACAAAAGCUUUCUGGGCGGUAAGCAGGUUCGAAUAGUGGACUACACGGAACAUAACAAUCUAGCAGUCGCGCAUGCAAAAAAUGAUCCUGCAGCUAAAAAGCUAUCAAAAUGGGAACGACAGGCGAAAGCAAACGCGUCCGGUGAGGCGAUCUGCGAGUCCGGCAAAUUGUUCUUCCGCAAUCUGUCCUACGCGGUGAAGGAAGAGGACAUUCGAGCGUUGUUUGAGCAGUACGGGCCAGUGACGGAGGUUGAUGUACCGAUUGAUUCAGUCACACGCAAAUUGAAGGGUUUCGGCACAGUAACGUUCAUGAUUCCGGAACAUGCUGUUACGGCGUACAACGAGCUGAACGGCACAUUCCUUCAGGGUCGCAUGUUUCACAUCCUACCGGCCAAAGUGUCGGACGAUCCAGACACUAAGGAGGGCGAUGAGCAUGGUAGCGACUACCAGAAGAAGAAGGAACAGACACUGAAGAAAACGGCACAAUCAAGCCACAACUGGAACACUCUGUUCAUUGGGGAGAAUGCGGUUGCCGAAGCGGUAGCAAAGAAGUACGGCACCAGCAAGGAACAGAUACUCGUAUCGUCCGAAGGUGAGACGAGUGCAGCCGUCCGGUUAGCGCUCGGCGAAACGGAACUGGUGCUGGAAAUGCAAACCUUUCUGCAGGAAAACAACAUAUCGCUGGAAGCAUUUAACUCGACCGAUGGGAAGACGAAACGUUCGAACACGGUGAUACUGGUGAAGAAUCUUGCGCCGGGCUGUACGGUGGCCGCUCUACGUCAGCUGUUCGCUCCGUUUGGGCUGUUGGGGCGUGUAGUGUUACCGCCGAGUGCUGUUACAGCCGUAAUCGAAUUUCUCGAUCCCAGCGAAGCUCGAAAAGCGUUCAAAAAGUUGGCCUACAGUAUGUUUCAAUCGCUGCCCUUAUACCUUGAGUGGGCACCAUCAGGCACCUUUACAACACCUCCACCGGAUCCUUCCGAGAUCAAGAAAGAUUCUGAGGCAACCGUACCGAGCUCUGUGCAGGUGAAGGAGGAAAAGCCAGACCUGGUGGACGAUACGGAACCGGAGGACGGCACAACACUGUUCAUCAGAAACCUACCCUUCAGCACCAAUGAGGAUACAAUCCGUGAACGGUUCCGGACCGUUGGUGCCAUCCAUUCUGUACAGAUCGCUCGCAGCAAAGAUCUUUCCGGCACCGGGAAGAACGAAAGCCGUGGCUAUGGUUUCAUACAGUUUAAGCGUCGGCAAGCAGCUGAGUACGCUCUGAAGAACCUCCACUCGGUGGUAAUCGAUGGGCGGGCGGUAGAGCUGGUGCGCAGUGAUCGUACUCUGCAAACGGAUCACAAUCGGAACGAUCGUAAAAAGCCCAAAGCACAGAACCAAACGGGCAGCAAGAUCCUUGUGCGCAACAUUCCCUUCCAGGCCAGUGCCAAGGAGGUGCGAGAUCUGUUCAAACCCUUCGGUGAUAUUAAAACACUUCGCUUGCCGAAGAAGAUGGCCGCCGGUGCGGAUGAAAGCCAUCGUGGUUUCGGGUUCGUUGAGUUUGUGGAAGAAUCGGAUGCAACGCGCGCUUUCAAUACGCUUGGUCGCAGUACGCAUUUGUACGGUCGGCGGCUUGUGCUGGAGUGGGCCGCACCCGACAACGACGUGGAGGAACUGCGCAAACGAACGGCCGAUCAGUUCGGUCACGGUGGAUCGAGUGCAAAGCGAACGGCACACGGCAAGGGAGUGCUGUUGACGGAAGAGUUCGUUAGUGCGGCCCAGCGGACAAAGGAAGAGGACGACGAUGACUACGAUGAGGGGUACGCGAAUGGCAGCAGCUUCUAAGCGUAAGUUCGAUGUUUGAAAUUUCGCAACAUACAACUAAAUAUUUACAAAAAGGUGGAAAUUAAAUGGAUUUGGUGCGACGUGUAAUAAAGUGUCCUUUUGCCGAACCUUGGUAAAUCGCUCAAUAA